GCAUGGGAAGAACACGUGUCAUUUGCAUUGUUGCCCUCGAUUCGGCGAGCUCAUACGUCGACUCACACGAUUCUACCACCACUCCUGCCGACGUCCUCACCACCAGUGACACGAACGUUGUUGGUAACGCCACCAGCGUCGCUACUACCACCGAGAAAAAGGCAUCGGCUUCCCCUUCCGUGGAGGUGGUUGACAGCUCGAAAAUCGCAGUACCAUCGCGUACACCGAGUACAGUGCCCUACAGUGCGAGAUUUAUCAGCGUACCCCACCGGCCUGUCACGAUGCUACUAUCGGUGAUCGCGCUCCUAUGCGCCGGCAGCAGUGCAGAGGUGUUUACGAACACGUUUCUCGUGAAAAUGAGGCAACCUGCGGAAAGACAUGUUGCCGAUCGUGUGGCAACUAGAAAUGGAUUUUUCAAUCUUGGACCGAUAUUGGGCAGCCAAACGGAAUAUCACUUCGUUCAUAAAGCCCUACCACACGCAAGGAACAAGAGAUCUGUACCUCACAUGAGAAGGUUGAAAGUGGAUCCGUUGGUGCACACAGCGGUGCAACAGCCCGGAUUCAAGAGGGUGAAGAGAGGCUAUAAACCUCUCAGCGUGGAUAAUCUCGUGCCACCGUACCAAAUGAGUCAAAUGAAUCCUGGUAAUAGAGAUCCGUCGGAUCCGUUCUUCCAAUAUCAAUGGUACUUGAAGAACACUGGACAAAACGGUGGCAAAGCGAAGUUAGACUUGAACGUGAAGGCAGCCUGGGCUCAGGGUGUUACUGGAAAAAACGUUACCACAGCUAUAAUGGACGAUGGGGUCGACUACAUGCAUCCGGAUCUAAAAUACAACUACAACGCCAAAGCUUCUUACGACUUCAGCAGUAACGAUCCUUAUCCGUAUCCACGAUAUACCGACGAUUGGUUCAAUAGCCACGGAACCAGAUGCGCCGGCGAGGUGGCAGCAGCCCGGGACAACGGCGUCUGCGGCGUGGGCGUAGCUUACGACUCGAAAGUCGCUGGGAUCCGAAUGUUGGAUCAGCCUUACAUGACCGACCUGAUCGAAGCUAACAGCAUGGGACACGAACCUGACCUCAUAGACAUUUAUAGCGCCUCUUGGGGACCGACGGACGACGGAAAGACCGUGGACGGGCCGCGAAAUGCGACGAUGAGGGCCAUCGUGCGUGGCGUUAACGAGGGUCGAAGAGGAUUAGGUAACAUUUACGUGUGGGCUUCCGGUGACGGCGGUGAAGAGGACGACUGCAAUUGCGAUGGCUAUGCAGCGAGUAUGUGGACUAUUAGUAUUAACAGCGCCAUCAACGACGGGCAAAACGCUCAUUACGAUGAGAGCUGUUCGAGUACUUUGGCCUCGACGUUCAGCAACGGCGCUAAGGAUCCCAAUAUUGGAGUAGCCACCACUGACCUUUACGGUAAAUGCACGACGACGCACAGCGGAACCUCAGCCGCUGCACCCGAGGCUGCGGGAGUGUUUGCACUUGCCCUCGAAGCCAAUCCGCAGUUGACCUGGCGUGACGUGCAACACUUGACGGUCCUAACGUCGAAGAGGAAUUCGCUGUUCGAUGCCAAGGGAAGAUUCCAUUGGACGAUGAAUGGAGUUGGUCUCGAAUUCAAUCAUCUUUUCGGUUACGGUGUAUUAGAUGCUGGAGCGAUGGUCGCUUUGGCGAAAAAUUGGAAAACUGUGCCGCCACGGUAUCACUGCGAGGCUGGUUCGGUGCUCGAAAGUCAGGAAGUGACAAGCGAUCGAUCGAUUCUGUUGAAAAUAAAGACUGAUGCCUGCGCCGGUACCGAGUACGCUGUCAACUAUCUGGAACACGUGCAGGCCGUCAUUUCCGUGAACGCCACACGCCGAGGUGAUCUGGAGUUGUUUCUAACUUCUCCCAUGGGGACCAGAUCGAUGAUCCUUAGCCGAAGGAUAAACGACGACGAUCACAGAGAUGGCUUUACGAAAUGGCCUUUCAUGACGACUCACACCUGGGGAGAGUAUCCUCAAGGCAGUUGGUUGUUGGAGGUGAGCUUCAAUACUCAAACUCCGCAACACGGUUGGUUCAAAGAAUGGACCCUGAUGCUGCAUGGCACCAGAGAGCCCCCUUACACUGGGCUUCCGGCAGCGGAUCCUCACUCGAAAUUGGCGAUCGUGAAAAAGGCUCACGAGGAGCGAUCGUCAGCCAUGUAACGACGAUCCUGAGGACCCUAGAUACGUUCAUAUCGAGAGAUGUUCACGCGACUAGUCUUAUUGUUUAAGGAUCUCAUUUGUACAGGCGAUGAAACAAAAUUCGAGCGCAACCACGCUGUCUUUUCUUAAUCGUUCGUUGGUUACUUGUAUGAAGAAGCUUCGUAUAUGGACAAUUCUGAUCUCUGAUAUCGGCAAGUUACGUUCGAAUUUUAUGUUUGAACAGUUAAGUUUCUUGCGAACAUCCCUGUGAUAUCGUGUAUUAUUUAUGCCUGAGUAAUUUCUCUUGUUGUGAUAUCGUUGUGAUAUCGUGUAUUAUUUAUGUCUGAAUAAUUUUGCGUCGUGCUACUUAUCAUCGUUGUUUUAUCUUUGUGAUUAUUUAUUAGAGUAUUUAUUAGAGGCGAACAACAUGCGCGUUUAUCCAUAUCGUGUUCGAAUUCUUUCGAUGAUCUCUCGUCAAUAUCUUAUUUGACAUGAUUCGUUCAACGUUAAAAACUAAUCUAGAAAUUACGAAGUUGACAUCUAUCUAAAUUACGUUUACUGUUCAUUUUCCGAGUAAUCACUGCUGCGUGAGCAUUCGAGGAGACUAAACGAAGUUCGACGGCUAGGGAAACCGACGAUUUCAGUUUCAUUCCACGAGGCAUGUCCUUUCGCUAACGCAAAGAAGCAUUGAAUAUCGAACAAAAUAUCGAGCAAACUAUCAAACAGAAUAUUGAACAAGAUAUUGAACAAAAUAUCGAACAGUAUCGAUGUACGAAAGGUAUCCUCAAAUUUAAGAACGCUAUGCCAAAGAGUCUCAAUUGGGAACAAUAAUCAUUCGGAAUUGACCUCGCAACUCGACGAGCCCGUCCGUAUCCAUUUAUUACCAAUUAACCAUUGAAUUCGUAACUGUGUUUUAGCGCGUGUCGAGUUGGGAGGGAUUACGAAACAUGGAAACGAGCAGACAGGAACAAUGACGGUCCACGCGUGUCAACGUUUGCGAUUUUCCCUGUAAGAUUUUUUCGAAAGCAUUUCAGAAGCAUUUCGAAAGUUUCUCGAACGAUACGAAUAUUUUCGAUGAUAUAUCUAAUCGUAGAUUGUUAGAUCUUCGACUAUAUAUACACGAAUUUCUCAAGAAACGAAACAUUACACCGAUUAAGCGACUCAAGCUUUAAAUUAAUCGAUCUACAUGCAGAACUUUGAACAGAGGGUUACGUAACAUUUCGUUUCUUGGAUCUAAUUUUUUUAUGAACGACCCCGGUCAGACUGUUCUUUUUAUCGGUAAGAUUUUAGCGCGCUUCAGAUGUUACUACAUCUACAAAUUUCCUAUUCCGAUCGUCAGACAUUUCUGUCUCUAACAAGUAUUCGCGCGAAGCGUACUUAUCUGUAACUUAUUCACCCUUGAACUUACAUAUCCACGAGUGUCGAAUCCUUCACACGACGCACAGCGUACUUCCGAUAAUAAGGAUAAUUUUUUACAAAAUUUAUCGAUAAUUCACCAGACGAGGAACAACCGCGCGAGGAACGACCGCGGAAAGAGAUACAUUAUAUAAAUAUAUAUCAGUAGCGAGUCGAAAUUCGAGACUUUCUCGUUAGUAUAGAAAAUUCUUAACGAUACGUAGAAGCAGAAGAACACAAUGCCGGUUCGACGUUCGCACGCAUGGACCAGUUUGAUUCGAAGCACGCAAUCGAUCCACUUUGUCGCACGCUCUUAUUAAUUUAUUAUAUCGCGUUCGAUUGUAUUUCUCUGAGAACGUUCCAAAUGAAACGGUGUUCUACUUUUUAAGAGGCGAUUGGCCGGUUUGCUUAUGUACUCGCUGAUACUGUGUUGUGAUUUCUCCAUUAUUCCACGUGCUUUUUGUAAGACGAACAAGAGAUUAUUUCGCUAGGGCGUAUCCACCAAAUGCUCCCUCCAGAUCGGCAGACGUUUCGUGACUUUACGAGGGAAAAACAAAAGAGUCUCGUCGCCAGGGACAUCCAUCAGUAUUAUAUGAUCGGCCGACGAUUGAUUACCAAUCGAGGAAACUCUUGCAAGUUUCGUUACUAUUAAUGACACCGACGCCUCUUGUCGGCUAGAGGAUAAUUGUAAGAUUGUUUCAGAUCUACGUAUGUAUAUCAAUGAGAAGGAAGACUCGAUGGCGCGAUUGGGAUUGCGUGCAUUCACGUUUUCACGCGUUUUCGCGAACGUGGCCACGAGGUUGGGCUCCCAAUCUCGCCACAGAGUCUUCCUCGAGAAACGUUCUAUAUAUUUACACGAUCUCUGUGUGUGCUCGUAUAUAAAGGAGCCUCUUGUUUUAUUUAAGAAACGUGUAAUUCAGUAACGAUCGUAGAAUGAGACUAAUCGAAAGAGUUAACCGACGUGGAAGGCACAGCUGUUAAUUAACAACGAGCGAAUUAUCCACAGGAAACAUGCACGCGCUGUACUAUAUAACGACGUCGUAAUCUAAUGUCAACUUGGCCGGUGCUCGCCGCACUGCACAUAAACGUUUGCCCGAAGAAUUUUAGGAUUUCCGACCUUGCGAACGCGAAGGAAGGCGACGCGCAGGUUAAACGAGAGGAUAGAAAAGGGAAGAAUAUCAUAUAGAAAUCAAAAAACAAAAAAAAAAAAGUAUAUGAAAAAAAGAAAUGAUAAAAGACGUGUAGAUACUCUAGAUACGUAGAGAUCAGAGAGUUCGAAACUUGUGCAUAAACAUUGAGGAAGAACAUCAACAGAAAUAUACAUAUUAUAUAGUUGAAGUGAAUUUAAUUGAUCUUAUUCUGUACGUGAUGUAGGUACGUGAAUGAAUAAAAUCUUUAUUUUUUGGCC